AUGGACCACCACUUCCACCAGGAAGAGCCGGAACGUCUGCUCGCGCCGGAGGACGUUUCCCCCGCCUCGACACCGUCCUCGUCGGCGUUGUCGUCGCCUGUUGAUUUGGGUGCGGCGUUGGGGGAGCAGGCCCAGGGACCACAGCCCGAGGCCCAGGAGCAGGAGCAGCCCCGGGAGCGCGAGCAGCCACAGGAGCAGCGGGCGAGCAGGUGGGAGCAGGCGAAGCGGGUGCCGACGAUACAUGAUCUCAGGGUCAAAUUGUGUUAUAUAUGCCGCGAAGAAGAGCGCUUCGACGGUGAGCACCCCCCCUCGGACGACCCCCCGCGCGCAUGGACCCACCCCUGCUCGUGCACACUCGUCGCACACGAGCAGUGCCUGCUGCACUGGAUCCAGUCCUCGCAGCAGUCGCGCGCGCGCGCCGCGAACGCGCUCAAGUGCCCGCAGUGCGGCGCGCGCUACGAGCUCGAGAGCCGCAACCCCGCGGCGCUCCGCGUGCUCAACGCGGGCAACCGCCUGCUGAGCGUCGUCGGGCGCACGGUCACGUUCGCGAGCGUGAGCUUCGCGGUGGGCAGUGUGGGGUUUGGGCUGUACGUUACCGGGACGGCGUACGGGGCGUAUGCGCUUAGGGAGUUUAUCGGAAAAGAGAUGUUCGACAUUCUCCUCACCGAAGACCCGUCCAACUGGCCCUGGCACAGCUUCGUCAACCUGCCCCUCAUCCCACUCGCCCUCCUCGUCUCGCGCCUGCCCUUCCGCCCGACAAUCCCCCCGCUCGUCCCCGUCCUGCUCGCGUGGCCGACCUCGGCGCCCGUCGCUGUGCGUGCCGUAGCGGGCGGCUCCGGUUCCAGCUCCAGCGGAUUCAGGCUGCUUCGCGGUACCAGCACCAGCGCCGGCGCCAAUGCAGCUCUCGCGCGCGCGAGCGCAUGGCCGCCGCCGCCGCUCGUGCUCGGCCUGUUUGUGUACCCGCUCGUGCGGGAGGGGUACAGGCGGCUCUACGCGCGCGUGCAGGCGGCAGUGCUAAACGGCGGAGGGACCGGUGCGGGCGCGGCGAACGGGCCGCUGCAGAGGAUCUUGUUGGCUAUCAACGGGGACGGCCCAUUUGAGAUUCAGAUUGAGCACGGGGAUGGGGAUGGGGGCGAGCAGCAGGGGAAUCAGCCUGCAGGGCGGAAUAAUAACAACAACAAUCGGGACGCUGGCGCAGGGGACGCAGGGGAUGCAGGCGCAGGUGCAGGAGGGGGAGGGGACGCAGACGACCCCGCCGCCGCCGCCGAAAACACCAUCCGCGUAUCCGGCACCUCGCUCGGCCGCCUCGUCGGCGGCGCGCUCAUCAUCCCGCGCAUCGCAUCCUUCAUGGGCGCGCUCCUCCUCCGCGCCUCGCACCACUCUCCGCUGCUCCGCCGCAUCCUCGCCGUGCGCCCGCGCGGCGCCGGUGCCGCUCUCGCCGCCGCAGCCGCCACCACCACAGCAGGCGGCGGCCGCGGUCUCGCUGGGGGCUCAGGCUCGAUCGCCGGACUGGGUCUAGCGGGGAUCGACGAGCGCGCGUGGGUGCAGAUGAGCACGCCGAAGCGGCUCGCGGUGCUCGGCGUGAUGGGCCUCAGCACGAGCUGGCGCGGGACGGACGUGUGGGCGGGCAGCGACCCGGUGUGGUGGCGGAACGCGCUUGGUUUGGGGUUGUUCGCUGUGGCCAAGGACGCCGUACAUCUGCUGCACCUCUGGCUGACGAAGCGCGAGCUCGAGAGCCGGCGCGUGAAGAACCGGUCGUUCGCAGGUGUGGACGUGCGCGAGCUCGAUCUGAUAGAUCUGCCCGCUGCCGCAUGA